UCCUUCUGUUACCUCCUUCCAGCACCUCCUCUCUUCCCCUUUUGCCCAAACUCACCCACUGAGUUGGAGCAUUUAAGAAGAUUCCUCCGCCAAGAAGACCAAAGGAAAGAAGAAGAAAAAGGGGCCAAAAGCCAAAAUGAAAUUUAUAGUACUUGCUGUCACCGUCGGGCUAACUUUGCUGCUAGGAGUCCAAGCCAUGCCUGCAAAUCGCCUCUCUUGCUACGGAAAGAUACUGAAAGACCGCAACUGUCACAAUCUUCCAGAAGGAGUAGCUGAUCUGACAAAGGUUGAUGUAAACGUCCAGGAUCACUUCUGGGAUGGGAAGGGAUGUGAGAUGAUCUGUUACUGCAACUUCAGCGAAUUGCUCUGCUGCCCAAAAGAUGUCUUCUUUGGACCAAAGAUCUCUUUUGUGAUUCCUUGCAACCGUCAGUGAGAAUCUUCAUGUAUUCCGGAGACCACCCCACCUAAUUUCCCACAAGCUGCACUCUAACAGCAUAACUCUAUUUCUGGUUUCUAUGCAGUGCAAUAAAGCAGAUUCUAUAAAUUCUUACUUGUCUAUGACAAGUAAACUUGUGUUAAAUAAGCAGUAAUAAAAAUUCAACUCAA